AUCGUCCCCCGGCCUCCCUGUAUGUGAGAGACGGGGCCGGCGUCUCGGACGGAGCCGGGCCGCGGGAGGGCUGAGCCGGCAGCCGCCGCGGGAGGAGCGGAGGCUUCGGGGAGCGCUUCCUUCCCACCGCCCGCACCGCCGUGCGCGGCAGCCCCAGCAUGGAAGCCAUCGCCAAGUACGACUUCAAAGCCACCGCGGAUGACGAGCUGAGCUUCAAACGGGGGGAUAUCCUUAAGGUUUUGAAUGAAGAAUGCGAUCAGAAUUGGUACAAGGCAGAACUCAAUGGAAAAGAUGGCUUCAUUCCCAAGAACUACAUAGAAAUGAAACCACAUCCGUGGUUUUUUGGAAAGAUUCCCCGAGCGAAGGCUGAAGAGAUGUUAGGCAAACAGAGACACGAUGGUGCCUUCCUUAUCAGGGAGAGUGAGAGUGCUCCUGGGGACUUCUCUCUCUCAGUCAAGUUUGGGAAUGAUGUGCAGCACUUCAAGGUGCUUCGAGAUGGGGCUGGCAAGUAUUUUCUCUGGGUGGUGAAGUUCAAUUCUUUGAACGAGCUGGUAGAUUAUCACAGAUCCACAUCUGUCUCCAGGAACCAGCAAAUAUUUCUCCGGGACAUUGAACAGGUGCCACAGGAGGAAGGAGAGCUGGGCUUCCGUCGUGGAGACUUUAUCCAAGUUCUUGACAAUUCUGACCCCAACUGGUGGAAGGGAGCCUGCCACGGACAGACGGGCAUGUUUCCACGCAACUAUGUGACCCCAGUGAACCGGAACAUCUAGAGAUAAAUAUUAGAGAUUAUUUAAAGAAACCAGAGAAACAGUAAAUACACAUACAGAGCCUAACUGCAGCCAGUGACCUAAAAUCACACGGCGAUAAAACCUGAGUCACCUUUCACCGUGAGGUGAUGCUCCUUCACUCAGUACGGAACUUCAGGGGUGGGGGGGGUGGGGAAGAGUUCAACUUACACACCAAAACUUAUCUUUAGGAAAAAAAAAAGAGAGAGAAAAAAAAUGAAAAUAACAAAUUUCUUCAGCUGCUCCUGGGUUACCCCCUUUUAUUCACUCUUCUUGUUUCCCCCUCCUCCUCUGUCCAUCAGUGCAUGAAGUUUUAAUGCCAUAUAAAGUCCUAGCCAUGCAGUUAAAGGAAAAGGGAGAAACUCUGCUGGUAUUUUCUCUCUCUGCAAACGGUCUUCAUUUGACAUGAAGGGACAUGAGAGAAGAACCAAAUCCACAGUCCUGCCUUUAAAAAAAAACAAAAAUCAUCAGUCUCUGCUUUUGCCUUCAACAUUCAGCUCUUCUUGCCUGGGAAAGAUGAGGUGUUAAUCUAAUUUUUAUUCUCUUCUCCUUUGGCACUUUCUUCUGAAGCUCAGCAGCUUCCAAGCAGGGGAAGGGAGAAGAGUUGUGUGGCUUUUCAUUCUGGUUUUUUUGUUUGUUUUUUUUUUUUUUUCUUUUGAGUCACAGAGCUGCUUUGAGAAACUCCAACGUACAACUGAAGUCUGUUAAUGCUGUGCUGACAGCUUUUUUGUUUUUUCUUAAAGGUGUACGGUUGAGCACAUUCUGUAAUUUUUUUCCAUAGUGCCUUUCCCUUAUUUUCUUUAUUAUUUUUUAAGUUAAAAGGACAGUCCAGAGCUUUUCAGAGGGUUUUUUUCUGCCUAUGUGUAAAUAAAUACUUUUGGGGGAAGGGUGUAAAGGAGGGUGGUUUUAUCAAUGGACAUUUGAGAAAAAUCUACAAACAGAGAUGGAGCUUUAAUCUUAAGAUUUGUCUUACUGUUCAACUUCCCUUAUUCCAAGGAAAAUCAAAUCAAGGCAUUCAAGUGGAAGCUUAGGCUGCUCAGAGGUGGGGAGCUGCACCAGGAGCCUCAAAAGAAGUAAGAAAAAGAGGAAAGUUAUGACCAGGGAAAAUGUGGAAGAAUAUUUUGGGGAGGGAGGGUGGGCUAAGGGGGGAAUUUGAGAAAUAAUAGCCCUGAGAUGUCCUAUAAAAUGUACAUUCCUUUGAUGGAAAACUUUACAACGCAGAGAAACCUCAAGAAAUAGUGCUUGAAAAAACUUUAUGCUAUUAGUGAAUGUUUCUACGUGAUGCAUGUAAUCAGCCUGUCUCUUUGGCCUGGAUAGGGAAUAUUUGCAGUCGUGUUGCUCUUGAAAAGUGGGGUUGGCAUCACUGUUCUCCAGUUUCUCCUCCCUCCUCAGGUCAGUGUUACUGUUGAAGUAGAUUCCCCCACCCCACUCCCCAUUCACAGCAGGCUGUGUGAUGACUGUAAUCCCCACCCCGCACCAUAAUGGCAUUUAUUGUGGCCAUUUGCUCCUCCACCAGAGCAGUGUGACAUUAAAUUGGAUGGAAAAGAAAGCAAUCAAGCUGCACCGCUCUCUGUGCCAAUCUUCAGUUGUGUUAUUUUUCCUUUUGAUGGCCAUUUGGCUGGAUCCCUUCACCCCACCAACGAAUCCAAAAACUGCAGCGGAGAUCUCCUCCCACCCUGCCUAAGUACAGGCAAUCUUUUGUUGGAGGGUGCCUUUUUUUGUACUAAGUGUUACAAAUGUUUUAUUCCUGAGAUGGACUCUGCCUUACACUUUAAUUUUCCAGCAGGUGAAAGAGAGAGCUAUCCUGUAGAGUAUUACUUUCUCCCCCUAUCCUUGCUAGCUGUCACUCACUUUCUUCCUUCUUUGUAAAGUGAUUGGAAAAGGAAUCUAUGGCAUUCUACACCUGGACCAUUUGAUUGUUUCCUUAUUUUGGAAUUGGUGUAUAUCAUGCAGCCUUGCAGACAUAUGUCUUGUGUGUGUAUAUAUAUUAAAAAAAAAAAAAAUCAGUGUUUAAAUAAAAAA